UAUCACAUAUAUAUAAUCCUUUGUAUAGUGCUCUUAAUUUAUCUUUUAUCCUUUUCAGCUUCAAAAGUUUCUGAAAAACUUAGCUUCCGAAAAUCAGCAGAGGAACCAUACCUUCCUAUUGCUGCUACUACUUUGAUAUCACAUGGAAAGCCAAGCUUAGAAUCUCGUAAACUAAAGGGAAUAAGAUUCAAUGAUUCAAGAGGUAGAGUAGACUUUGUCUUUGUGGACAAUGAAGCACAAGAGAUAAUAAAUGUUUCGCCGACAUCACAAGAACUUCCAUCUUCUACUACUACUUCUAUUUCACAUAGUAAUGAACGAUCUAAUUCGUUACGAUCUAUCGUUAUUCAGUAAAUGUAUUUUUUCAAUCUUAUUUUACAAUUAAAAUUACAAGAAAACAUAUAAAAAAGGUGAUCCUUAAAACAAUAUUUAUGUGAACUCAACGGAUUUUCCUACAUUUGUACUCAAUUAAA